CUGAAGAGAACCCACAAGCACUAGGCUGCAGCAUGAUUUGUUAUUGCUGGUCACCUUGCACUAACUUCUAUGCAUGGAAAUUGAACAUAGAAUGCUACCUACCUCUCAGCUUGCUUUGCUCUGGACUGGUAUUUCUCUCCGAAGCUGCACCACUGGUCUCCCAUGGCUCUGUUGAUUCCAAAUGCCCUCUCAUGGUGAAAGUGCUGGAUGCAGUCAGAGGAAGUCCUGCAGCUAACGUAGCUGUUAAAGUCUUUAAAAAGGCUGCAGAUGGAACCUGGCAGGACUUUGCUACUGGGAAAACCACAGAGUUCGGUGAAAUCCAUGAGCUCACAACAGAAGAACAGUUUGUAGAAGGAGUAUACAGAGUUGAGUUUGACACCAGUUCUUACUGGAAGGGACUUGGCCUUUCCCCAUUCCAUGAAUAUGCUGAUGUGGUGUUCACUGCUAAUGAUUCUGGCCACCGCCAUUAUACCAUCGCUGCUCUCCUCAGUCCUUUCUCUUACUCAACAACUGCUGUUGUCAGUGAUCCCCAGGAAUGAAAACAUACUGUCAAUAGAUAUAUAUACCCUCCUCUGCUAGGACUAUUAUAGGUUUUUAGGAGGAAGGUUUUUCCGAUUGCUAAUGCAUAUCCUUUUGCUACAUUAGUUGUUAUUUGUUUUUCAUUUUGUAACCUGGCAAAAAUUCAGAUAAGUCAAUAAAAUGUAACUUCUUUAAAACAGUUUUGAUUCUGUUGAUGAA